AGCACAAGCGAGAUCAUCUCUCUCUCUCUCUCUCUCCCUCUCUCUCUCUCUCUCUAUACUCACACACUCUCUUUCAGUCUCUCAGUCUGUUCUGUGCUUGAGCCAGACGAGUGACUCUGCAGGAUUACGACACGAAGAGAUCUGCGGAAUCCCGGAGCACGAAUACAAGAAAGAUCAGCAGUUCCGGUAAGGGGAAAUCACCAUGAGUGUGAACAUGAAUGAGCUGACAGACUUGCUGGACAUGUUGAGGGAGCAGAACUUCUCCUUCCUGGAGGAGAACGGCUCCCGGCUGGAAACGAUGGUGUGCCAAAGUACUUUCAGCCAUGACGCCAUGCUCUACUCCCUCUCCAUCCUCUACAUGUUCAUUUUCAUCAUUGGCCUGGCUGCUAACACACUGGUUGUGUGGGUGAAUAUUCGCUCUAGCCGUGAGCGUCACGAAACACACUUGUACAUCCUCAACCUGGCCAUCGCGGAUCUGUGCGUCGUGGCAACACUGCCGAUAUCCAUCAUCUCGCUUAUCCAGCAUGGCCACUGGCCAUUCGGUGAUGCCAUGUGUAAGAUCACACAUCUCAUCUUCAGUGUCAACCUCUUUAGCAGUAUCUUCUUUCUCACCUGCAUGAGCAUUGACCGCUAUCUCUCUGUGGCUCGCUUCAGUGAUUCCCAAAGCCCUAACAAGAGAAGGUGGACCAGGCAGGUCAUUUGUGUGGGAAUCUGGGUUUUGGCACUGCUCGCUGCCCUACCAGAUACUUACUUUCUCCAGGCAGUCAAGUCCACGCACUCAGAUAUAACCGUGUGCAAGUCCAUGUACCCAGCUGAGAAGUUGCUUGAGUGGACUGUCGGUGUCCAGCUGAGCUUCAUUGUCCUAGGCUUUGCCAUUCCCUUUCCAGUUAUUGCUAUAUUCUAUGCUCUUCUGGCCAGGCUGAUCAGCUCCUCAUCGGACCAGGAGCGUUGUGCCAGCCGACGCCUCGUCUUCACCUAUAUAGUGGUGUUUUUAGUGUGCUGGCUACCCUACCAUGGCACAGUACUUCUGGACACUCUGGCACUGCUCAACAUCCUGCCACUGAGCUGCACAUUGGAGAACACACUGUAUGUUGCGCUGCAUGUAACUCAGUGCCUCUCACUGCUACAUUGCUGCAUCAACCCAGUCGUGUACAACUUCAUCAACCGCAACUACCGCUAUGACUUAAUGAAGGCCUUCAUCUUUAAGUAUUCUACCAAAAGUGGCCUUGCCAAGCUAAUCGAUGUUACACGUGCCUCUGAGACCGAGUACUCUGCUGUCGAGAGCCAGGGCCCUCUGUGAAGAAAUUGCUAACUGACUUUUUGCUGUAAACUCUGCUGACCCUCUGUAUUGGGUGGAGAAACACAUAAGGGGCAGUUAGAAAGAGACAGAGCUCCUGAAACAGCGUAUGUUUUUUAAAGGACUAUAAAAUAUUGUAUUUGUUAAAGACAUACUGUACAUCUCUAUAUACAAUAGAAUUGUAUUUUUUUAUUUUAAGUGAUUUUAAGAGAUGUAAUGACAGAAGCACUUGUACUCAGUUGAAGGGUAAGCCAGUAAGCCUCAGCAUUUGACUGGUCAAGCAUACAAGGUCAUGGGGUCAGUCGAAAUCCGCUCCCCCAGAGGAGACGCUCAGAGAACACACAAAGCCUCAGGGCCCUUUUUGACCUCGGGGCUGACCCUGUCUCAGUUUAUCUGUACCUUUCGGGCCACCUUUAGGCUGACUAUCGUGGCAUCACAAGUGUUUAGCCAAUGGACCAAGGCAUAGUUAAUAAGGAGGGACACAAAAGACCAAAGCAUGGGGAGCUGAAGGGGACAAGGUGAAAAUCUAAUUAAGAGAAGUUGUCAAGAAAUGUCUGAAUUGCUUGCAUGUGUUAUUGUAUAAAUCCAGCUGUAGAAAACCAGAUAUACUUUUUUAAAUAGAUGUAUGCUUUGUAAAUACUAAGGAAUAUUUAUAUAUUCAUCAUUGUGUAUGUUUAGUGUUUUGACAAGUUUAAAUGUAUCUUUGAAAUAAACCUUGAAAACUUUUGAAAAAA